CAAUUGAAAAUUUUAUUAUCGUACAUGUAUAUCUCAUACUUGAAAUUUUUUUUUAUAAAACAUAUUUAUUUAUCUUAUUUGCACUUAUUAAAAUUUUCCAUAGAAAUAUAAUUAUUUUAUGAAUUCUAAAAUUAAAAAUUAUUUUUUUGAUUUUAAUCAUUUAUUAUUUUAUUUAUUAUUUAUUAUUUCAUUUAUUUUUAUUAUUUAUUUGUAUUAAUGUAUUCUUAAUUUUUUUUAUUUUUAUUUAAUAUAAUAUUGUGUAUUAAUAUAUUAAUUUUUUUUUGUUUCUUAGAAUUUAUACAAUAAUAAAAUUGUUUAAGAAUUUUAGAAAAUAAUUCGUAAAUUGAUUAUUUUUAUUUCAUUGCUACAUUUUAUAAUAUACAUAUAAUUAUAUUAAAUUAUUUGAUUUAUCAAUAUUUAAAUUUAUCAAUAUAUGUAUACCUUAAUUAAAGAAAAUUUAAAAACUUAAUAAAAAUGCUUGUAUAUCAAAAAAUACGCAGUAAAAUAUUUUGAAUUAUAUAUAUAUAUAUAUAUUGUAAUAUAUUGAAUUAUAUAUAACAUUUGUAACUACUAAUACAUAAAAUAGAGAUUAUAUAAAAAUUAUUGUAAUUAAAAAUAACAUAACUGAUAUUAACUCUUAUGAAAUAAGGUCAUACUCAAACAUAUGAUUAGAUAAAGCAAAUCUUGUGAUUUUACACAACAUAUUUAAGUUUUUGUUAAUUCUUUUACCAUUUCUCAAUACUAUAGUUCUUAUAUAAACUAUAUUUGCAUAAUUGUGAAUUAUUUUAAAUUUUUAUUAAUAUAUAUUAUUAAUUAAAAACAAAUUUUCAAUUAAUUUUAUAUAUUUAUAUAUAAAUAUAUUAAAUAUGACUACUUUGAAUAUCAAUGAACUUACCAUAGUAAAAAGAAAUCUACAUGUCCCUUCUCUUGAUGAAAUAAAAGAUGUGUUAAAGGAAGGAUUAAUUAAAAAUUUUGCAAAUGUUGAAGUAGAAAUUGUUGAUUGCCCUGAUUUAACACAAGAACCAUUUGCACUUUCUGCUCCAGGAUUAAGUGGUAAUUCAACAGUAUUAGAAAUUGGUGGUCCAUCAUUUCUUCUUCCUAUUGUACAAAAAAAUAAAUUAUAUGAUAUUCAACAACUCUUAAAUCAUUUAAAUUAUAAAGAAGAUUCUUUUGUUAUUGGGGCAGGAGCUGGCCCAUGGCCACAUAUAAAUUCUAAUUGUGAGCUUAUAAUGAAUACGGUUGUUUCAUUAUCUAAUGUACAAAAUGGAACUCAUAUUUCAUAUGUCAAUAAAGUAAAUGGAAACUGUGAACUUCAAAAUUUACCUAAUAAUGAAACGAGAUUUGCUUUGUUAGCCAAUUUAUUUGUUACUGAAGGAAAACCUGGUAAAGUCUUAAAAAUUCAUGUUAAAAAACGUAUUGGAAAUGAUGAUUUUAUUGCAUGUAUGCAAAAAGCAAUUGCUCAAAAUUAUCACAAUAAUCUUGUUGGAUUAGGAGGAACAUUUUUAAUAAAAAAUGGAAAAGUCAAACAGCAUGUUAUGCCAGAUUUCUCAGUAACUCCAUUACGUACUGAAGCACAACUUAAUAAUUGGUUACACUUUUAUAACAUGUCAACACCUUUAAUAGCUGUUGGUACAUUUGUUAGUUCUGAAAGUGAUCUAGAUCUUCGUGUUCAACAUUUUCACAGUUUUUCUCAUCAUGGAGAAGGUGGUCAUUAUCAUAUUGAUACAACUCCAGAAACUAUAGAAUACUUGGGAUAUUUCAAUUUAGGUACUACACUUUAUCGUAUAGAUAAACCAUUAACUGGUGUAGAGUUUGGAAAGGACUAAUUUUUGUUACAUUAUUAUAUGUACAUUCUUAUAAUAUUCAAUAUUUGUAAUAUUCAAACAAAAGUUAUGCAUAAAUAAUUAUAAUGUUGUAAUAAACUUAUAAACAUAUUUCUUUUGUAAUUAAAUAAGAUAAAUUAUAUUAAUUUUAAUAACAAAAUUAUAAUAUUACUUUAAUUCAAAAAUAAUUAUAAGGAAAAAUUGAAGUAAAUAAACGAAUCUAUUAAUUGCAUAAA